UACGCACAAAAUGCACAAACUUAUCAUUUGUGUAGUUUAGUUUUCAUUUUUUUAAUUAUCCCUUUCUUCUUCUUCUUCUUCUUCUUCGUUUCUUGAAUCUUGUUUGUCCGUUCAAUUUCUGCAAAAGAACCCACCUUAUUUUUCCCUCUGCAAAUAUGCAACUCAGGAAAAUGGAUCCCAUGGCCGCUUCUCGUACUGGCCGCCACCUGCAGAGGUAUAAUGUCCAAGGUUGCCGCCAAGUUGUUGGCUGCAUACCGUACAGGUACAGGAAAACCAAGCAAUCCUCAUCUUCCUCCUCCAUUCAUGGGACCUGCCCUGUUGAUGAUCUGGAAUUCCUCCUUGUCAGCUCCCAGAAAAGUCCAAGGAUGAUGUUUCCCAAGGGUGGUUGGGAACUUGAUGAGUCCUUGGAAGAGGCAGCACUCAGAGAGACCUUUGAGGAAGCUGGGAUUUAUGGAGAAGUUGGGAGUUGUUUGGGGAAGUGGUUUUUCAAGAGCAAAAGCUUAGGAGUAUUACAUGAAGGUUACAUGUUGCCUUUGGUUGUGUUGGAGGAGCUCGAAGAGUGGCCCGAGAAAGACGUUCGCCAACGAUUAUGGGUUUCAUAUAGUGAGGCCAUGGAAGCAUGUUUUCAUCCAUGGAUGAAAGAAGCUUUGGAUCUCUUGGUCACUCAGCUUAGACUUGACAAGGGAGUUGAAAACAAGAACAAGAACAACAACAAUGAGGCAAUCAAGGUGGUGGAAGAACCCCACCAUCACCAUCAACAAAUAGUUAUAGAGAUCUUGGUGAGCGGCGACGGUGGCGGCGAAGAGGCGGCCACCGCCUCCCUGAGCAUCGUGGCGACGACCACCACGACCGCGACUCACCCGACCCGGACCGAGGAGCCCAGAACGAGCUGCUCGAUCGAGUUCCUGAGGACCGAGUUGAACGGCGUUGCGUAGGGAGAAACAUCUAGCUAGGACUGAGUGAUCCACUUUCUCAACUCCCAAUUCUCAUGCUUUAGAUGGAAAUUCACAAAAAAAAAAGAGGGGGGGAAUUGUAAAUUGGUUUGGAAAUUGGGGUUCAAAUGAAAGUUGAGAGAAGUAGAGGGGGUUGGUUGACAGACACAGCUUGUGUUUUUAAUUGGAAUUGCUAACCACCUUGUGAUGAUGCCUUUAAUCAGUUCAU